UGACGUCACUCCCGCGCCGCUGGGCGCGUGUCUCUCCUACUUCUCUUGCUCUUCGCGGUCUCACGGGUUGCCCUUCCGUCCGGCUUUAGCCCCUACUCCCUGUGGACGAGCUCCCGGGCGGCCCCGUGCGCGUCCCAAAAGCUAGAGAGUCGCGGACGGAGAGAGGUGUGUGUGCAGCCUCGCGCGGUCUCUGGAAGGCCCGCUGCGGGUGGCGGGUGAGGCAAGGGUGGACCCACCGGUGUUUGCAGGUCCUCGGAGCUCGUUGCAGGUGUUGCUUCAUCAUGAGAAAUCUGAAGUUAUUUCGGACUCUGGAGUUCAGGGAUAUUCAGGCUCCAGGGAAACCUCAGUGCUUCUCUCUCCGAACUGAACAGAUGACAGUGCUCAUUGGCUCAGAUCAUGGACUGAUAGAAGUAGACCCUGUUGCAAGAGAAGUGAAAAAUGAAAUUUCGUUAGUAGCUGAAGGCUUUCUUCCAGAGGAUGGAAGUGGCUGCAUUGUUGGUAUUCAGGACUUGCUGGAUCAGGAGUCUGUGUGUGUGGCCACAGCCUCCGGAGACGUCAUACUCUGCAAUCUCAGCACAUGCCAGCUGGAAUGUGUUGGGAGUGUAGCCAGUGGUAUCUCUGUCAUGAGUUGGAGUCCUGACCAAGAGCUAGUGCUCCUCGCCACAGGUCAACAGACCCUAGUUAUGAUGACAAAAGACUUUGAACCAAUCAUGGAACAGCAGAUCCACCAGGAUGAUUUUGGUGAAGGCAAGUUUAUCACUGUUGGAUGGGGCAGGAAGGAGACGCAGUUCCACGGAUCAGAAGGCCGGCAAGCAGCCUUUCAGGUGGAGAUGUACGAGUCGGCUUUGCCCUGGGAUGACCAUAGACCACAAGUGACAUGGCGUGGUGAUGGCCAGUUUUUUGCUGUGAGUGUCAUUUGCCCAGAGACAGGAGCUCGGAAGGUCAGAGUAUGGAACCGAGAGUUUGCUUUGCAGUCAACCAGUGAGCCUGUGGCAGGACUGGGACCAGCUCUGGCUUGGAAGCCCUCAGGUAGUUUGAUUGCAUCUACGCAAGAGAAACCCAAUCAGCAGGAUAUUGUGUUUUUUGAGAAAAAUGGCCUUCUUCAUGGACGUUUUACACUUCCGUUUCUCAAAGAUGAGGUUAAGGUAAAUGGUCUGCUCUGGAAUGCAGAUUCCACUGUGCUUGCAGUUUGGCUGGAAGAUCUUCAGAGGGAAGAAAAUUGCACUCUAAAAACCUAUGUGCAGCUCUGGACUGUGGGGAACUAUCACUGGUAUCUCAAGCAGAGUCUGCCCUUCAGCACCUGCGGGAAGAGCAAGCUCGUGUCUCUGACGUGGGACCCAGUGACCCCGUCCCGGCUGCACAUUCUCUGUCAGGGCUGGCGUUACCUCUGCUACGACUGGCACUGGACGACGGACCGGAGCUCAGGAGAGAGCUCCAGUGACAUGGCAAACGUGGCUGUCAUUGAUGGAAACAGGGUAUUGGUGACAGUCUUCCGACAGAGUGUGGUUCCACCUCCCAUGUGCACCUACCGACUGCUGCUCCCACACCCUGUGAAUCAAGUCAUGUUCUCUCUACACCCCCAAAAGAGUAGUGACCUUGCAGUCCUAGAUGCCAGUAAACAGAUUUCUGUUUAUAAAUGUGGUGACAGUCCAAGUGUGGACCCUACAGUGAAGCUGGGAGCUGUGGGUGGAAAUGGAUUUAAAGUUUCUCUUAGAACACCUCGUCUGGAAAAGAGAUACAAAAUUCAGUUUGAGAAUGGUGAAGAUCAAGAAGUAAACCCACUGAGGCUCAGCCUUCUCACCUGGAUUCAAGAAGACGUUUUCCUGGCUAUAAGCCACAGUCAGUCCAGCGCACAGUCUGUCAUUCACCAUCUGACUGUGGCCCCUUCUGAGACGGAUGACGAGCAUGGACAGCUCAGCAUUAGUUCGUCUGUGACAGUGGAUGGAGUCAUAAUCAGUCUGUGUUGCAAUUCCAAGACCAAGUCCGUAGCAUUGCAGCUGGCUGGUGGCCAGAUACUUAAGUACUUUUGGGAGUCACCCUCUCUGGCUGUUGAACCAUGGAAGAACCCCAGUGGAUUUCCUGUUCGGUUUCCUUAUCCAUGCACACAGACUGAAUUGGCCAUGAUUGGAGGAGAGGAAUGUGUCCUUGGUCUGAGCGACAGGUGUCGCUUUUUUAUCAAUGACACUGAGAUUGCUUCAAAUAUCACGUCGUUCGCAGUAUAUGGUGAAUUUUUGUUGUUGACGACCCAUUCCCAUACCUGCCACUGUUUCUGCUUGAGAGACGCUUCAUUUAACACAUUACAUGCAGGUCUGAGCAGCAGCCAUCUGUCUAAAGGGGAGUCUCUGCGGAAGGUGGAGAGGGGUUCACGUAUUGUCACUGUUGUGCCCCAGGACACAAAGCUUAUAUUACAGAUGCCAAGGGGAAACUUAGAAGUUGUUCAUCAUCGAGCUCUGGUUUUAGCUCAGAUUCGGAAGUGGCUGGACAAACUGAUGUUUAAAGAAGCAUUUGAAUGCAUGAGAAAACUGAGAAUUAAUCUCAAUCUGAUUCAUGACCAUAACCCUAAGGUUUUUCUUGAAAAUGUGGACACCUUCAUAAGACAGAUAGAUUCUGUAAAUCAUAUUAAUUUGUUUUUCACAGAACUGAAGGAAGAAGAUGUUACAAAGACCAUGUAUCCUCCGCCAGUUCCCGGCGCUGUCCAGCCGUCCAAAGAUCCUGCUGGGAAAAAAGUAGACCUUGUGUGUGAUGCUCUGAGAGCAGCCAUGGAGAGCAUAAAUCCCCGCAAGUACUGCCUGUCCAUCCUCACCUCUCACGUGAAGAAAACAACCCCAGAGCUGGAGAUUGUGCUGCAGAAGGUACACGAGCUUCAAGGCAGUGCUCCACCUGUUCCUGGUGCUGUGAGCGCUGAAGAGGCCCUGAAGUAUCUGCUGCUGCUGGUAGAUGUUAAUGAGUUAUACGAUCAUUCCCUUGGGACCUAUGACUUUGACUUGGUCCUCAUGGUGGCUGAGAAGUCACAGAAGGAUCCCAAAGAGUAUCUUCCAUUUCUUAACACACUUAAAAAAAUGGAAAUUAAUUAUCAGCGGUUCACCAUAGACAAAUACCUGAAACGUUAUGAAAAAGCCAUUGGCCACCUCAGCAAAUGUGGACCUGAAUACUUCCCAGAAUGCUUAAACUUAGUAAAAGAUAAAAACUUAUAUAAGGAAGCUCUGAAGUUAUAUCCGUCAGACUCGCAGCAGUACAAGGAUAUCAGCAUUGCUUAUGGGGAACAUCUGACACGGGAGCGCCUCUAUGAGCCAGCAGGGCUUGUGUUUGCCCGCUGUGGCGCCCACGAGAAAGCUCUCGAUGCCUUUCUGACUAGUGGCAGCUGGCAACAAGCUCUCUGCAUGGCGGCCCAGCUUAACUUGACCCAAGACCAGCUGGCUGGCCUCGGCAGAACUCUGGCAGGAAAGCUGGUUGAGCAGAGGAAGCACAGUGAUGCGGCCACAGUCUUGGAACAAUAUGCCCAGGAUUAUGAAGAAGCUGUGCUCUUACUGUUAGAAGGAGCCGCCUGGGAAGAAGCUCUGAGACUGGUAUACAAAUAUAACAGACCAGAUAUAAUAGAAACCAACGUAAAGCCUUCCAUUUUAGAAGAUUAUUUUCCAUCUGCACCCCCAGCCCAGAAGAAUUACAUGGCCCUUCUGGACUCUCAGACAGCCACAUUCCGUCGGCAUAAAGAUCGUUUAUUGGUGGUUCGAGAGCUCCAGGAGCAGGCACAGCAGGUGAAUCUAGACGAUGAGGUGCCCCAAGGUCAAGAGUCCGACCUCUUCUCUGAAACUAGCAGUGUCAUGAGUGGCAGUGACAUGAGCAGCAAAUAUUCCCAGAGCAACUCCAGGAUAUCAGCGCGAUCAUCUAAGAAUCGCCGCAAAGCAGAGCGGAAGAAGCAUAGCCUCAAAGAAGGGAGUCCGCUGGAGGAUCUGGCACUUCUAGAGGCACUCAAUGAAGUUGUACAGAGCACUGAAAAAUUGAAAGAUGAAGUAUACCAUAUUUUAAAGGUGCUCUUUCUCUUUGAGUUUGAUGAGCAAGGAAGGGAAUUACAGAAGGUCUUUGAAGAUACCCUCCAGCUGAUGGAAAGGUCACUUCCCGAAAUUUGGACUCUCACCCACCAGCAGAAUUCAGCUACACCUGUUCUGGGUCCCAAUUCUACUGCAAAUAGUAUCAUGGCCUCUUAUCAACAACAGAAGACUUCAGUUCCUGUUCUUGAUGCUGAGCUUUUUAUACCCCCAAAGAUCAACAAAAAAACCCAGUGGAAACUGAGCCUUCUAGAGUGACUAACCCCAGCAGAGACGGUUUUCCUUUCACUCCCUCCUCGAGGCCUGGCUGUCGGGAACUGGGAAGAGUAAGACAAUGAUCUGCCUUAGCAGUGUGGAGAGCUGCUCUAUACAGCAGACCUAAGCAGACACCAAGCACUUUUGCUUUAUUUGGGGUAUAAUUUUAAUUAGGAAAACGUUAAGCUUUAACCAGUAUGGCAUCCAUUUGUAAGAAUUACUGUUCUUUUGUUUAGUGCUGUUUGAGAGCAUAUUUUUGGUAUAGUAAUCAGAAGAUUGACUUUCAUUCCCAGCUACCAGUCUGAUUCAUUUUGGGACCUUAGACAAGUCACAUAAUUAAUUGAUUUGUGCCUCAGUUAAUUGGGAAAAAGAUUUCAUGGCUUCUACCUCAAAAGUGUGAGGAAAAGAGUGUUGUUUAAAUAUUUUAUGUUCUGGGAGGAGAGCAUUAUAUAUAAACAGCAUGGCUAUUUGUGCUACCAACAGUUGGUGAAAUUUAAUCACUUAAAUGACUUCUUCACCUUGAACUAAAGCAGAUAAAAAGCUAAAUAUAUCCUUUCAAAUUCUAAGCUUUCUUGCUGACAGCUGUUAUUUUGUGAUAUCUUACCAGGUCAUGUGCUUCCAGUUACAACUGCAUUGAGCUUCUACCCCUGCAGUGUCCAUAGGGACUAUUUUUACUGCCUGUGAAUUUUCUGCUAGGGAGUUAGCAGUGUUAGAGCUGGAACAGAUGAGAAUUUCUGAAACAGUAUCAUGCACAUUUGGUAUGGUGAACUGUGUGCACAAUUUUAAGUUAUUCCUUUUUUCUCCAAGUAACUGCUGCUUUUAACUGAAAGGUUUUUGUUAGUGUCAAGGCUGUUUCAUUUAUUUUUCUUUAUCAUGCUUCACUGACUUCUUUUAGUUAUUUUCUUUAAUAAAAAUGAGAAUGUUUUCUCUUUUUGGUGAGUCUAGAAAAAGCUCAUUUCAUUUUGACAACAGUUUUGUGGCUGAUUCUUGGGUAAGGUUAACAAUUUCUUCCAUGCCUUUAAUACCAGAACCAGACGUUCAUGACUGUACAUAAACAAAAAUGCUGCCUCUGAUCCGUGGAGUAUAGAUUUGCCCAGAAUUGUAAUUAAAGUCAUUCCCUAAAUAGCAAAAUGUUAACUAUAGAAUCUAGGUGUGUUUGCCUGUGUAAUUGAGCUUCUUUGAGUGUCUGAAAAUUUUUACAAAAUAAUAGAAAACAAAAAAGAAGGUAUUUCCUGCCUUGUAGAAAUCUACUUUUUGAUUUAUAUCCAUAAUGGAUUUGCUGUAAUUAAGUGCCCCACGCCGAAAGGCUGAACAUGCUUUGCGACUACUCUUUGACCUGGGUAAAUGAACAUAGUAACUUAUAUGGCAUUUUAAUAUAUUAUAGUGCUCUUCCUAUGCACAGUGGUAAGGGCACCCAUGCCUGAUGGAUUGGAAGUCGAAGUAAAUGUGCCUGUUGAUACUAGUGUGACUUUUCAUAGAUGUUCCGUUUCCUUGAGAUAAUGUAUUGAAGCAGCAAGAAAGAAUGUGUGAAUACAAAUUGCUAUCAAUUACUGUCUAUUUCCUGUGAGCAAGAUGGAAUUUUGUUCAUUUGGAGAAGCAGCAGGCUGGAGCAGACCUUCCAGACUGAAGUCAAAGUCACGGAAGAAUUCAUGGGGAAAGUGCGGUGUAUGGGAAGAGGAGAAACUUCUGGAAGUGGUGAACCUUAAUUUUGGGGAAAGCUUCUGUCAAGGUCCUGGAAAAGAAUAUAUAACUCUUUCACCAGAUUUGAACUCUGUCCCAAAGCAAGUUCAUGCUGCAGUAAGCUGAAGACCCCAGUUAUUUUGUUGGUCCCGUUGAGUCAGCUGUGCUCAGAUGUUCCAGGCAUCAAGAGGGAACUUGGAGAGGACUGUCUCCUACAAUCCAUUUUAAAUUUACACUUUAAAAAAAACUGAGGCAGGAGGUAAUGUUUUUGUUAUGUCUUUAUGAGUGUUGCUUGAUGUAAUUUUUUAACACUGCCACAUAUUUUAAAAUAAAUUCAUUUUCCAUACAUGUCCACAUAUACACACACACACAGGUUUACCUUUUAGGGUUUGUUCAUAGCCAUAAUUGAAGAGGGUGUUUCCAAAAAUAAAUAAAGCUAAUGAUUCUUAGUAAUUUAAGGUUACUACAAGUUUGGGAAGCAAAAUCAGCUUUUUCCCCGCCUCCCAUAAACUGGUGCUUCACCAGAAGUACCACCUGAACAAACCCUUGGGAGUUUCUGGCUGUCCUUUCUUGGUUGUCGUAUUUAUUAGUAACUGAGGCGAGGAGAAUAAACAUCUUAGACGCUGGGUAACCAUUAAUAUCUGAGAAGCUGUAGACAAGUCAAAGCUAAUAUGGUGACAUCUGGGAACACUGAAUUGAUUCUUGUGUUCUCUGUGCUCCCUAAGCCCUUGCCUGUGCUCACGUCUACAUUAAUCUUACUGUCUCUGAAGUCCCAAGGGUCUUAAGACCAACAGAUGUUCUCCUGGAGAACCCACCCAUCUUAGUGUCCUUGGAUAGAGACUUUUUUUUUUAAUAAAGAUUUUACUUAAUUGAGAGAGAGAGAGUGAGCACGAGUGGGGGGAGGGGUGCAGGGAGAGGGAGAAGCAGACUCUCUGCUGAGCUGGGAGCCCGAUGCGGGGCUCGAUCCCAGGACCCUGGGGUCAUAACCUGAGCCGAAGGCAGAUGCUUAACUGUCUGAGCCCCCCAGGCGCCCCAGACAGACAUACUUAAUCUCCCUGAAUCUUGCUUCCCUCCAGCCUUGUGUACCUGUUAGCACCAUUGUGUGCCUUAGCACUGUUGACAUUUUGGGUCAUUUCAUUCUUUGUUGUAGGGAGCAUCCCGUGCAUCAUAGGAUGUUUAGCAAUAUCCCUGGCCUCCACCCACCACCUGCCAGCACUGUGUAUCCCCCACUCCUGUUCCGAUAGCCAAAAACUUUUUUAGACAUUGCCAAGCGUCUCCUGGGGGGUCGAAAUUGCCCCCAGUUGAGAACCACUAGGCUAAGAUGACUUUCAUGUACUUACUAAAUCUACUCAUCUCUUUCGUGAGGAUGACUUUUUUUUCCUACAAGGGGAAUUGUGUAGGGAUCAAGUGAGAAUUCAUGGAAGUGUUUUUUUGUUUUAAGAUUUAUUUUAGAGAGAGGGAGCGCGGGGAGAGGGAGAGAAACAUCAGCAGACUGUACGCUGAGUGUGGAGCCCAGUGUGGGGCCCAGUCUUAAUGACCUUGAGAUCAUGAUCUGAGCAAGAGUCAGGCGCCUCACUGUGCCACCCAGGUGCUCCCAUCGAAGUGUUUUUGAAAAAGAUACAUAGUUGUUCAGCUUUGUAUUGGUAUUUUUCUUUUUCUUUCUUUCUUUCUUUCUUUCUUUCUUUCUUUCUUUCUUUCUUUCUUUUUUUUUUUUGUUUUUUGUUUUUUCAUUUUAAAGUGCAGCAGAACAUUUAGAUCUACUGUGGCCUGGACGUUUCCCUCCAGAGCCACCUUCUGUGCUUCGCCUUCCUCAAGACUCACCUUUUCAGGGAUCCUUGACUUGGGGGUCAUAGAUACUUAAUGGAUUUAAAGAUAGUAUGUUUCUACAUGAUUGGUUUUCUCUGUAAUUCUGUGUAUUUUAUUUUAUGCAUUUUAACACAUUAUUCUGAGGAGGGGUCCAAAGCCUUUAGCACCCUGCCAGCGAGGUCCAAAGGUUAGGAAUUAAUCAAAUUUUAACCUGCCCAACGGUGAGCGUUCAUGGAAUCUUGGACAUGAGAAACUGAGGUGAAUAAGACCUUCUGCCUCCCUCUCAAGUCAGUGUAGCCCACUGCUAGGUGAUCCUCUGAUACUUCAGGGUAAGGUUUAGUCAUCCUUGCUUAACCGUAGGAACUUAGAAGCCCUUCUGUGCUGGUCUUUACUUCUCUGUUCUGGCUUGCUGGUGCCAGUCAGCCGUGCUUACCAGGCCUGGAUCCAGGGUUGGGCAUUUAGGUCUUUCAAGGCAGUCUAGGCCUCCCAGUCUAGGCAAACCCAGAUACUAUAAAGAUGGCUUGGUAGGGCUUCUCCCUGGGGAUGGUCAAGAUGCCAUACUCUCCUGUGAGUGCUGGAAUGCCUGCCUUUGUGCGUGUGACUAAGACCAUGGUGAGGGACGCCUGGGUGGCGUAGUUGGUUAAAUGUCCCAGUCUUGGUUUCAGCUCCGGUUGUGAUCUCGGGGUCAUGAGAUCGAGCCCUGUGUCAGGCUCUGCACUCAGUUUGGAGUCUGCUUGAGAUUCUCUCUCCCUCUCCCUCUGCCCCUCCCCCUAUCCCAUGCUAACUCUAAAAUAAAUAAAUAAAUCUUUAAAAAAAAAAACAACAAACCACCAUGGUAAGACUUUGGGGCUCCUGUAUAAGAGAAGUCUACAAGAUAAUUCUAGCUAGGUCUUGUGAUCACCUCCCAGAAGCCAGAUACUAGUAUUUUGAAUUCAAUUUUAUAGGUAAGUAGACUCAGGCCACACAGGUGUUAGUGAAAUAGGUUUUCAAAUCAGAGUUCAAAACCCCUUUCUUUCCACUGUUUGAUGCUGCUCCCUGCCAGUGUUCAGAUGCUGAGUUUUAGAGACAGGGCAGAGAAUAUAUUGGGGACUGUUCUGAAAAAUCUGCAUUCCAUUUACAAAACUGGCCCUGUAAGACUACCACAGAACGUGCUGGGCCGUGGAAGGGCUUUUCUGGUCUCGAGGGACUGUGUGUUCCUUCUGGCUCCUCACUCAGUUAGGUUAGAAUAACCAGCAUAGGGCAGGUUCCCGCAAACCCACACCAUUAGCCCAAGAACUAGCAGCCUCUGUCUUGCGCCCGUCCCAGAUUCCAGCUGUAUAUCCUACAGGUUGAUGGGGAAUCCAAUCUAGUGGGUGACAAGCAGCUGAAGAGUUGCCCCCUUCAGACAUACACUUAACCAGGUUUCAAUAGCCAGACACCAUGAUGGCUUGGUAAGAACUGGUACUGAGACGUAAGUUCCUGCUGGAACUAAAAGAAAGUACAGUUUAAGCAGGAAUCAGACACUCUCGUCAGCUAUUUACAAGCCUUCAUGAAGUAUGAAAUGUACUCUGCAGCUUUGUGGGAGGUUGAGCCAUUACAGCAGACUUCCUGUGGUUGAUCAAAAGGGAUGUUCUACAGGCCCUAACAGCAUUGACUCCCUAAUCUAUCUUCAUCUCGCUCCCCUUCUGAGCAGAUUGAACAGUGCGAUAGUUCCUAAAACAGGGAAUACAAAAAAGGGACAGAAUAAUUUUAGAGCUAGUUUUUCCCAAGAAUGUUUAAGCAAGGGGCGCCUGGGUGGCUUAGUCGUUAAGCGUCUGCCUUCAGCUCAGGGCGUGAUCCUGACAUUCUGGGAUCAAGCCCCACGUCACCGUUCUCUGGAACCUGCUUCUCCC